AGUAACAAUACAUGCGGUCGCUUCUGACAAGGAGCGCGGCAUUGUCUCAUCGCCGCCAUGUGAAUGCUCAUGUGAGUCGCAGCAUCGUUACUCUGGCCAUCGAGACGAGCUGUGAUGACACUUCUGUUGCUGUUGCAGAACUCCUUUCGCCUCAGCUCCAUGGACGUCUGAAGGUUCACUUCCAUGAAAAGGUGACUGCCGACAACGAUGCGUACAAUGGCAUACAUCCGCUGGUUGCCCUGCACUCUCAUCGACGUAAUCUAGCGCUGCUAGUCCAGAAGGCAUUACAGGUCAGCCCAAAGCCAGACUUUGUCGCUGUGACUCGUGGACCAGGCAUGAGAAGCAACCUAUCCACCGGUUUGGACACAGCAAAGGGCCUUGCGGUGGCUUGGGACGUCCCGCUGUUGGCUACUCACCACAUGCAAGCCCAUGCAUUGACACCGAGACUGGUCGCCGCGAUGGAAAUGGAUUUGGGGCAGCCGAAACCGUUGAAUCCCGCUUUCCCGUUCCUUACGCUGCUCGCGUCUGGUGGACACACCAUGCUUAUCAAUUCCACGGGCCUUGUCGAGCAUUCCAUCCUUGCGGAUACGCAAGAUAUCGCAAUUGGUGAUUGUCUGGAUAAGGCUGCUCGGGCCAUAUUGCCCGCCGGUCGACUCGCCAUACCCUACGGCCGAGCUCUUGAAGAGUUUGCCUUCCCGAAUGGGCCAUCCGACUAUCAAUAUACUGCGCCAACGCGCCGACGAGAGGAACUUGAGCGUCGGCCAACGAAAUGGCGAUGGGGAUUAUUCCCUCCUUUGUCAGAAAGCAAACGUGGCGAGAAGUCAUCAAAACGAAUGGUCUAUUCAUUCACAGGCCUUACGACGUCCAUCGAACGUAUCACAACUCGAGUGGUGGAUGCCGAAGGUCGUUUGACCAGCGUGAGCCGGAGGCCUGAGGACAUAAGUGAAGACGAAAGACGAGAGCUGGCUCGAGAGGUCCAACGGAUCGCAUUUGAGCAUCUUGCUUCUCGAAUCAUCUUACACUUGUCCAGCAACGCUACGGACGUCAACGCCAUCGUCGUGUCCGGAGGCGUGGCGUCAAACUCAUUUCUACGGCACCUUCUACGAGCUAUGCUCGAUGCUCGGGGCUACGAUCGCAUCCGGCUGGAGUUCCCGCCCAUUAGUCUUUGUACAGACAAUGCUCUGAUGAUCGCGUGGGCUGCACUGGAGAUGUGGCAUGCGGGAUAUCGUUCAUCACUGGACGUUCAGCCGCUGCGUAAAUGGUCGAUGGAUCCUAAUGCUGAGGACGGUGGCAUUCUUGGCGUAGGUGGUUGGCACAACGUUUUGAAAGCACAAGACGUGCUGGGGACGACCGACAACCCUAAGACUCCAUAG